CGUUCAGAGUGAAGACAGGCAUUUCCAUCUAUCUCUGUAUUUCCAUAUCUUGUCACAUCAUCUUACCAAUCCUUACAUUAAUUCCAUAGGGUAGGUACUAAUUAUCUUAGUUUCACAGUUGAGGAAACUGAAUUUGCCUUAAUAAGAGGCCAAGCUGGGAGGUGGCCUUGACAGUAUUUGACUUCAAAACCCAGACCUGUAACCUCUAUAUUCGUUGCCUCAUUUUCUUAAAUUUAACGGCAUGCUAUUUCCCCAUGUUUAACCACCAUUUCUGAUUCAUUUACUCAGCCAUUUAUCCAAUAAAUAGAUAUUGAGUUCCUGCUGUGUGUCGGCAACUAAAGCAGCAAGUAAAUAAAAAUAAGCCCCUCCAUGUGCUACGCAAAAGAUGAAAAACUGAGCGGGUCUAUUCUAUCAAUAGUUCUGGGAGCCCUGACCACACAACUCCGAAACACUUGCACAAACUGCUCUAAUUGCGCACCCAGCCGGCCUCCAGCCAGGCCUUCCCUUCUCAUCCAGAAAUGGGAUUUUGCACUUCAACCGGACUUCUACCCCCAGGGGUUUCAACUGUCACAGACCAAGACUGGGAAGGGUUGUGCCUGGCUCAGACCAGGCUCAAGGCGGCAAGGGGACACAUCUUCCUGCACCCGGCGGCACGUUUUCUUAACCCAAGUGGGGAGACCCGGCCUCAAGAAUGUUUUCAGCAGGGCUUGUACGACCAGGUGCAAACCCCCACUCUUCUUCCGCGUGGAAGUCGAAACGAACAUCACGUGGUUCCGGGGCGGGAACAUAGGCCCCGCCCCUGUGAGUCCUGCCCAGGACACCGGAAGCGCCUGCGCUGGGCUGCGGAGUCGCGGGGCUGCGCGCCCUUGGACCAUGGCGACCCAGGCGAAGCGCCGGCGGGUGGCAGGGCUUGCGGGCAGCGAGGACCCGGCCCCGGUGGCCAGCUUCCUGAGCUGGUGCCGGCGGGUAGGACUGGAGCUGAGUCCAAAGGUGGCGGUGAGCCGGCAGGGCACGGUGGCCGGCUACGGCAUGGUGGCCCGGGAGAGCGUGCAGCCCGGGGAGCUGCUGUUCGCGGUGCCACGGGCCGCACUCCUGUCGCAGCACACCUGCUCAAUCAGCGGCCUGCUGGAGCGAGAGCGAGGCGCGCUGCAGAGCCAGUCGGGAUGGGUGCCGCUGCUGCUGGCGCUGCUGCACGAGCUGCAGGCCCCGGCCUCGCCCUGGAGCCCCUACUUUGCGCUGUGGCCCGAGCUGGGCCGCUUGGAGCACCCCAUGUUCUGGCCAGAGGAGGAGCGCCGGCGAUUGCUGCAGGGCACUGGCGUACCCGAGGCUGUGGAGAAGGAUUUGGCCAGCAUCCGCAGCGAGUAUUAUUCCAUCGUGCUGCCCUUCAUGGAAGCCCACCCCGAUCUUUUCAGCCCCACGGUUCGCUCUCUGGAACUCUACCGCCAGCUCGUGGCUCUUGUGAUGGCCUACAGGAACCACUGGAGGAAGAGGAUGAUGAAAAGGAGCCAAACUCCCCUUUGAUGGUGCCUGCUGCAGACGUACUAAACCACUUAGCCAAUCACAAUGCCAAUCUAGAAUACUCUCCAAAUUGUCUUCGGAUGGUGGCCACUCAGCCCAUUCCUAAAGGCCAUGAGAUUUUCAACACUUAUGGGCAAAUGGCUAACUGGCAGUUGAUUCACAUGUAUGGCUUUACUGAACCGUAUCCUGACAACACGGAUGACACGGCUGACAUUCAGAUGGUGACGGUUCGUGAAGCAGCGUUACAGGGAACAAAAGUUGAAGCUGAAAGGCUCCUACUGUAUGAACGCUGGGAUUUUUUAUGCAAACUGGAGAUGGUAGGGGAAGAGGGAGCCUUUGUGAUUGGGCGGGAAGAAGUGCUGACAGAAGAGGAACUGGCCAUGACACUCAAGGUACUGUGCAUGCCUGCUGAGGAGUUCAGAGAAUUUAAAGACCAGGAUGGAUGGGGAGAUGAUAAAAGGGAAGAGGACAGCCUGACAAUCACAAAUAUCCCCAAACUCAAAGCAUCAUGGAGACAGCUUCUUCGGGACAGUGUUUUAUUGACCCUGCAAACCUAUGCCACAGACUUAAAAACUGAGCAAGAUUUACUCAGUAGUAAGGAGGUCUACGCCACACUCAGCUGGAGGGAACAGCAAGCCUUACAGGUUCGUUAUGGUCAGAAGAUGAUCUUACACCAAUUGUUGGAACUGACUAACUAGCAGGUUCCCUUUUUCCUGAAGGAAUGUCCAAGAGAAGAACUUUCUGCUAAGCUGGUACACGUUGAUGCUUGAAAAGAAGGAUAAUUUGGACCUUUUGUUUUGCAUUUCAUACUAAAUACCAAAAGGAAAAGUAGCAAAACUGUUGUCUAGGAUGAAUUGCAAGGUAAGAGUGACAUGCUGAAGGAUUUGGGAACAGUAGAUGUGGGAACUGCUGCUUAUUGUUAUGAACACUAAUAAAUUUUAUUAUAGCU